CAUGGCGCAUGCGCAGCGGUCUCUCUGGUUGUAUAUCUGGGCGCCGGCGGUCGCGGCCUGAGACUGCUGGCGGACAAGGGUAACGAGGGUUCAUUUGGAUUUCUCGGCUUGAGCGCUCGCCGUCGCCUUAGCCACCGCCGCUGCCGCCGAGUCCCCAGCGCAGGUGCCAGUGUACUUUCCAGACAUGGAGACUGUUGUUCGCCGCUGCCCAUUCUUAUCCCGAGUCCCCCAGGCCUUUCUGCAGAAGGCAGGCAAAUCUCUGUUGUUCUAUGCCCAAAACUGCCCCAAGAUGAUGGAAGCUGGGGCCAAGCCAGCCCCUCGGGCACUGUCCACUUCAACAGUAGACUGCCAGCAGAUCAAAGAAACCUCUUCAGCCAAUGCGAAGGACAAAACUGCCAAAGCCAAGGUCCAGCAGGCUCUGACAGAUCCCAGCAGAUUCCAGAUGGCACACAACUUCCGUCUGGACCCUUUGCCUGCCAAAAGCCAGGGCACUGCGAGCAAAUGCCCUUUUUUGGCAGCACAGAUGAGCCAGAGCGGUAGCAGUGUCUUCUGCAAAGCCAGUCUUGAGCUUCAGGAAGAUGUGCAGGAAAUGCAUGCUGUGAGGAAAGAGGUUGCCCAUACCCCAGUGAACCCCAGUAUGAUUAAUGUGAAGACUGAUGGUGGGAAUUCAAAUGGAUUGCUGAAGAACUUCCAGGAUAUCAUGCGAAAGCAAAGACCAGAAAGAGUGUCUCAUCUUCUUCAAGAUAACUUGCCAAAAUCUGUUUCCACUUUUCAGUAUGAUCAUUUCUUUGAAAAGAAAAUUGAUGAGAAAAAAAACGACCACACCUAUCGAGUUUUCAAAACCGUGAACCGGAGGGCACAUAUCUUCCCCAUGGCAGAUGACUAUUCGGAUUCUCUUAUCACUAAAAAGCAGGUGUCAGUCUGGUGCAGUAACGACUACCUAGGAAUGAGUCGCCACCCUCGAGUGUGUGGGGCAGUUAUGAAUGGCAAGCUCUUCAGAACAGUCUCUGGUCAUUCUUCAGGAGCAGUGUGCCCACUGGAAGAACUGUGUGAUGUGGCCCAUGAGUUUGGAGCAAUCACCUUCGUGGACGAGGUCCAUGCAGUGGGGCUAUAUGGGGCUCAAGGUGGAGGGAUUGGAGAUCGGGAUGGAGUCAUGCCAAAAAUGGACAUCAUUUCUGGAACACUUGGCAAAGCAUUUGGCUGUGUUGGAGGAUACAUCGCCAGUACAAGCUCUCUGAUCGACACCGUACGAUCCUACGCAGCUGGUUUCAUCUUUACCACCUCUCUGCCACCCAUGCUGCUGGCUGGAGCCCUGGAGUCCGUGCGGAUCCUGAAGAGUGCCGAGGGGCGGGCACUUCGCCGCCAGCACCAGCGCAAUGUCAAGCUCAUGAGGCAGAUGCUAAUGGAUGCUGGCCUCCCGGUCGUCCACUGCCCUAGUCAUAUCAUCCCUGUUAGGGUUGCAGAUGCUGCUAAAAACACAGAAAUUUGUGAUGAACUAAUGAGCAGACAUAACAUCUAUGUCCAAGCAAUCAAUUACCCUACGGUGCCCCGGGGUGAAGAGCUCCUACGGAUUGCCCCCACCCCUCACCAUACGCCACAGAUGAUGAACUACUUCCUUGAGAAUCUGCUGAUCACAUGGAAACAAGUCGGGCUGGAACUGAAGCCACAUUCCUCAGCUGAGUGCAACUUCUGCAGGAGGCCCCUGCAUUUUGAAGUGAUGAGUGAAAGAGAGAAAUCCUAUUUCUCAGGCUUAAGCAAGUUGGUAUCUGCUCAGGCUUGAAUGCAACUUCAAUUUACCUGACCCCAGGCUGUUGUCAUAUCCAGAUAGUGUCCAGAGUUGUCUUUAUAUGUGAAUUAAAUUAUAUUAAAUUUUAAUCUAUAGUAAAAACAUAGUCCUGAAAAUAAAUUCUCGUUUAAGUGA